AGCGCGAGAGAGGAACACAGAGAGAGAGAGAGAGAGCCACACACACACACACACACACACUGUUUCCCUCGCAGUCUGUGGACUGAGCCUCACAUGCGUUUCAGUGUGCCUCCGGGCUGGAAGUACCUGACCGGAGCCUGGAAUCCCACUGCCCGGAAUUCCUCUGAGCAGUCUGAACCGGAAUACUCCAGUCUCCCUUCGAGAGCCCUGCCGGCAAGAGCGCCGUGGUGUUUCGCCGUGUUUGCAGGAGGACUCCUCGUCAUUCCGGAGAUGUCAGUGAACCAGUCGCCCCGUCACAGACGCUGAACCAUGGGGAACGUGGAGAGCCAGAAUGGGGAUCACGCGUUUUACCGAGACCACCAGGUCCACCUGUCACGGAAGCACAUGUCCCGAUCGCUCCGAGUCCCCGGCAAACAGGCGCGGCGUUCCCGGCACGCCUCGUCGGGAAAGUCGGAGCACCGCAACUCCGAGACGAGCACCCGCUCCAGCAGCACCCCCAGCAUCCCGCAGUCCCUCGCCGAAAACGGGCUGGAGCCCUUCGAGGGGCCGGGGGUCAUCUGGGUGGACAGCGUGGCCAUGAACCUGCGGCCGGACGCGUUCGGGGACGAGCUGGACGAGGCGCCGGCCGCGCACGCGGCGCUGACGCUGGCCCUGGGCCCCGCGGGGGAGGGGCAGGGGGGCCCGGGGGCCCCGGCGUUCCCGCAGGACGCCCCGUACCUGCAGAGGAUGAGCGACGGGCCCCGGAGCGGCGGAAGCUUCCAGAAGAAGCGCUCCAAGUCGGCGGACACGUGGGGCGAGGACAGCCUGGAGUACUCCCUGUCCGACCUGAGCCAGGAGGACCACCUGACGAGCGCGGAGGAGAUCGCGGACACGGCGGACGAGCGGGACUUCGCCGACGACGACGCCACGCCCGAGUCCUCCGGCCCCCCGCUCACCCCGCCGGACCGGGCCGGCUCCCUGGACCGGCUCUGCUCCCCCCAGGGCCCGGCCCAGAGGCAGCCCCGGGGCCGUCACGGCAAGCACGGCCGGGACGGGGAGCGGGUCGCCGGGGGCGACCGGGGCGGGGCCCCGUCCCCGGCGGAGGAUGAGGGGAGCGGGUACAGCGCCUUCACCCUGCCCUGCCGACGCUCCCACUGCCUGUCCGAGGGCCCGCCCGGCCAGCAGGGGGCCACGUGCGCCGGCAUGCAGGGCCGCAGGGCGCAGACCACGCACGACGUGACGGAGGACAGCGAGUACGGCGACAGCGGGAUCGACGGCGUCGGCGGGGAGCCCCUGCGCCAGUCGCGGCGCUGCAAGGCCAUGUCGGCGUCCUUCUCGGUGUACUCGGCGGCGGGGAGCAGCACGUUCGCGGGCAGCGACAGCGGCAGCAGCAGCGGGGGGGCCUGCGGGGGCCCCGGGGGCGCCGGCGUGUACGAGAACUUCCGGCAGGAGCUGGAGCGGAGCUCGUGGGGCGGGCCGGCGGCGGGGGAGGAGGGCCAGGAGGAGGCGGGCUCGGCCGCCAGCGACGACCGCAACAGCACGGCCACCGCCAGCUCCGUCUGCCAAUCGGACGCCCUGCUGAACCCCGCCCACCAGGGCACCGUGCGCAAGGCCGGCGAGCUCGCCGUCAAGAACUUCCUGGUUCACAAGAAGGGCAAGAAGGUUGAGCCGGCCGCCCGGCGCAAGUGGAAGCGAUACUGGGUCUCCCUAAAAGGGUGCACUCUGUUCUUCUACGAGACGGACGGGCGCUCAGGCAUCGAUCAGAACAGCGUGCCCAAGCACGCGGUGUGGGCGGAGAACAGCAUCGUGCAGGCCGUCCCAGAACACCCCAAGAAGGACUUCGUGUUCUGCCUCAGCAACUCGCUGGGGGACGCCUUCCUCUUCCAGACGUCGAGCCAGACGGAGCUGGAGAACUGGAUCACCGCGCUGCACUCGGCCUGCGCGGCCGCCGUCGCCCGGCAACACCACCGCGACGACACGGUGCGUCUGCUGCGCUCCGAGGUGAAGAAGCUGGAGAAGAAGAUGGACAUGGACGAGAAGAUGAAGAAGAUGGGCGAGAUGCAGCUGUCCGCCGUCACCGACGCCAAGAAGAGGAAGACCAUCCUGGAGCAGAUCUUCCUGUGGGAGCAGAACCUGGAGCAGUUCCACAUGGACUGGUUCCGCCUGCGCUGCUACCUGGCCAGCCUGCAGGGCGGGGAGCUGCCCAACCCCAAACGCCUGCUGGCCUGCGUCUCACGCCCCUCCAAACUGGCCAUGGGACGGCUGGGCAUCUUCUCUGUGUCCUCCUUCCACGCGCUGGUGGCGGCGCGGACGGAGAGCGGGGUGCGGAGGCGCACGCAGGCCCUGUCCCGCUCCUCCAGCAAGCGCAAGAGCCGUUUCUCCUCCCUGUGGGGCCUGGACACCGCCUCCAAGAAGAAGAGCAAGGAUCGGCCCAGCAUCGACCAGGUGUUUGCAGACGGGGAUGAUCCGGUGCGGAAGGUUCUGGAGAGCAUGCUGGAGGACAGCCCUGGUGCCAGCCUGAAGGAGGAGGGGGGCUCGGUGAAAAGCAUUCCCCACCACAACGCAGACAGCGACAUCUGGGUUCCUGACCACCUCACUCCUUCCUGGGUGUGUCUGCCCGACGACAAGGCGCAGCUCUUCAUCAUCCAGACUGGGGAGACCGCCCUUGACGCCCUGGAGGGCAUCUGCAAGACGAACAGCCUGGACCCCAGGAGCCACUACCUGCGGCUGAAGUUUCGGAUGGAAAACCAGGUGCGAUACUACACCCCCAAACUGGACGAGGAGGUGUGUGACCUGCUGUACAAGGAGAUCGAAAUUUGCUCCAAAGCGACAAAACUCAUCCAGUUCGACCGCGACGAAUCGUGCAGCAUCGGUUACGGUUUCUCCGUGGCUGUGGUGGAGGAGGACGGAGUACAGCAGCUACACGUCUCUGACGUGAAGGAAGGAGGGCUAGCCAACGCCAAAGGGCUGAAGGCGGGAGACGAGAUCCUGCAGCUGAACGGGAAGGACGCGAGCGCGCUGGACGUGUCGGACAUGCGGGUGGCGUUCUCCCAGGAUUCCCUGUGCCUGAGCGUCAGCGCCGUGCCCGAGGGGGACCCCCAGCUCCUCUGCCCCCUGCCCCCCCGCAGGUCCGACGGGCAGGAAGACCUCUGCACAGACAUCUUCUCCCAGAGCCACGAGGACCUGCUGGAGGGCGGGACCCCCGUCAGGCUGCCGAGCCCCGGGGAGGGCCAGGAGGACCAGGCCCAGCCCGGCGGGGACACCCCAGACGGGUCAAAGAGCUCGGAGCAGGUUUUGGGGCUGGGUCGCGGGGUCUCUGAGAUGUCCUCCUCGGACAGCGCGACCCCCCCCAGCCCGGACUCCCCCGGCCCCCCCCCGGCCACCACCCCCCGCCAGCUGUCCGACGCCGACCGUCUGCGCAAGGUCAUCAGCGAGCUGGUGGAGACGGAGCGCACCUACGUCAAGGACCUGAACUGCCUCAUCGAGAGGUACCUCAAGCCCCUGCAGAAGGAGACCUUCCUGACUCAGGAUGAGCUGGAUGUGCUCUUCGGGAAUUUGGCGGAGAUGGUGGAAUUCCAGGUGGAGUUUCUGAAGACCCUGGAAGACGGGACGCAGCUGGUUCCGGAUCUGGAGAUGCUGGAGACGGUGGAUCAGUUUAAGAAAGUGCUGUUCUCGCUGGGCGGCUCAUUCCUGUACUACGCCGACCGCUUCAAGAUCUACAGCGCCUUCUGCGCCAGCCACACCAAGGUCCCCAAGGUCCUGGUCAAAGCGAAGACAGACCCUGACUUUAAGGCCUUCCUGGAUGUGCGGAACCCGAGGCGGCAGCACUCUUCAGCUCUGGAGUCCUACCUGAUCAAGCCCAUCCAGAGAGUGCUGAAGUACCCACUCCUACUGAGAGAGCUGCACUCCCUUACCAACCCCGACAGCGAGGAACACUACCACCUCAACGUUGCCAUGACGGCCAUGAACAAGGUGGCGAGCCACAUCAACGAGAUGCAGAAGAUCCACGAGGAGUACGGAGCCGUGUUCGACCAGCUCAUCGCCGAGCAGACGGCUGACAAGAAGGAGGUCGCAGAUCUGUCGAUGGGGGACCUGCUCCUCCACACCAGCGUGUCCUGGAUCAACCCCCCCUCCUCCCUGGCCAAGGGCAAGAAGGACCCCGAGCUGGCCGCUUUCGUCUUCAAAACCGCUGUGGUGUUUGUGUACAAAGACUGCUCCAAGCACAGGAAGAAAAUAGGCGGGUCACACCGGGCCUCUGUCGCCGAGGAGAAAGACCCCUUCCGCUUCCGUCACAUGAUCCCCACCGACGCCCUGCAAGUCCGAGCCCUCGGAAGUACGGAUGCGGACGGCACGGCCAUGUGUGAGCUCGUCCACGUCCGGUCCGAGUCGGAGGGCCGUCCCGAGAGGACCUUCCACCUGUGCUGCUGCUCUCCGGAGAGUAAGAAGGACUUCCUGAAGUCAGUGCACUCCAUCCUGAGGGACAAACAGCGGAGGCAGCUGCUGAAGACGGAGAGUCUGCCCCAAAACCAGCAAUACGUCCCCUUCGGCGGGAAGAGGCUCUGCGCCCUGAAGGGAGCUCGGCCCAGCAUGAGCAGAACAGCCUCGGCCCCGCACCGGUCCCUGGGCCGGCGGUCCCUGCUGCGGACGCGCUUCACCGUGGACACGGACAUCGUGUUCGACGGCAGCCCGCCUCGGACCCCGCCCCCCCGGCCCGCCCCGGCCCCGGCCCCGGCCCCGCCCGCGCCCCAGCGCCACUCGGCCCCCGCGCUGUGCGCCGACACCGACCGCUGGGUGGAGGAGCAGUUCGACCUGCGGCGCUACGACGACCCGGCGGACCUGAAGGAGACGGACAUCCUCAGCGACGACGACGAGUACUGCGAGUCCCUGAGGAGCCUGUCGGCCGAGCCCGGCCUGGAGGCCCCCGUGGGGGCCCUGAGCCUGGAGGGGCCCGCCCCGGGGCCCCGCGCCCUCAAGCUGGCCCAGCUGAGGAAGCAGAGUCCGGUGGAGGGGGACGCGGGGGCGGACGGGGAGGUGGUCUGGGUGCGGCGGGACGAUUUCGCGGUCGCCCGCGACGGCGGCGACACCUUCUGAACACGGACUCCGCGCGCCUCGUUAACGGACCUCCUAACGAGCCGCACGGGGGGGGGGGGGGAGAGACUCGCGUCACGAGACAUCCCCGACCCUCGCCCUCGAAUCUCCCACGAUGCUUUGGCAAUCACGUUCCUCCCUCGAAGCGAAACGACUUUGGAGGAGACUGCGCUCCGCUCGACUCGAAGCUCGAGCACCGUAAACCAUUACAUCCUCUCCAUUCACCUCGGAGCAAUACAGUACCCCCCUCCAAUCAAUCUCCCCACCCCCUACCAGCAUCACCUCACCUGCUCACUCACCAAUGUCGGCCUCUGCAACAGGGACCUCCUUGUACAAUCACGACAUCCAAUCACGCGUUCGGCUGGGCAACAUUUGCACACAAACUUCGGCAGCUAUCUUUUCUGGACUGCAAUUUGUUCUCUCCCGCACCACUACUCCACCCCCUCCCCUAAAUUUUAUAUUUUUGCAUUUUGGAAUGUGGGUUUUCUUCCAUUUUUCGGUUGGUGGAGACGAUUCUCUGUAUCACGCUCAAGGGCUGCGUUAUUUAUUCUGUCCUGUAGGGGGACGCUCUGUGAAAAGACUGCUGUAUAAGUUAAUCUUGUAAGGUUUACCUGCGCUUGUACAUACCGUCUUAAAAUCGCGCACAGACCUACUUUUCGAGCACAUCGCUCUUUCUUAUUUUAGAGUCCAUUAAUAGCCAUAGAUCCCUCCACACACACACACACACACACACACGCACACACACACCUCCAUUUUUAUGCUUUGCCAAGUGGGUGGAAGGACUAUAGGCGGUUAUCGUGCUUUUUCAGUUCCGUUUACAUAACAUUCCACCGACUUCUGUUUACAUAACGUUCAGCUUUCCAGUAUUAACCAACACCUGUCUUCACGUUGAGAGAAGGGAUUUAGAAAAAAAACAGUCCUGUGUUACUUGAACUUUCAGAGUUAGCCAAGUCAUUGAAAACUUCUCCAAUUGCAAAUAUACAAACACUGAAAUAGCGUUACUGUCACUUUUUCUUUCUCAUGAAUUCUUCAAUUAGUUGUUUAAUACCGUAUUCAGAUGCGUUUGGCCUGUUCCAGAUGUGGUACUACUGUUUUUAAGGUCUCUGUUCGACACUCUUUAUGGGAAAAGGCGGACUGUGCAAACAGAUGGAUUGACGCACAUUUUCCGUGUAUUGAAAUGGCACUUAAGAUCGUACAGUUACACAAAUCUCGAAUGGAAUUGGUGCUGCAUGUUUUUUUUUUUUUUAUUGUAAGAUGUGACGCAUCCACGACAAACAACAAUUCAGAAUAAAAUUAUUUUUUUGUUCAUUUUUUUUCUAAAAAAUAACAAAAUACCACAUUUAUUAAGGAAAUAUUAAGCUUUGCAACCGCAGACGAAUAUAUUUUUGAAUGAAGAGAAAUCCCUCCGAUUGUGACAUGCGAUCAAACCGGCGUUACGCAUCCCUUUCGAAGGACUGUCUGUGUUGGCGAGAGAAAUCCUUUAUAGAACUACGCGUUGUGCUACCAAGAUCUACUUUUUAAACCUGUGUAGGUACAUAGAACUGUGUAUUAAUAUUAUAUAAAAUAAAUGGUUUUCUUAACGUG